ACCGUGGAGACGAGUUAGGCGCGGCGUCUGGAACGACGUGUAAUCACAGACAGCACAAGGUCUGUUCAUUCACCAAGCGGCAUCAUUCCGUAGUCUAAAAAACGACAGAAAGAAGCCUAGCCAUGGAUUUCCUUGGAAAGAACCAUUUCUAUGCCAUUGACACAUGGUUAAACUCUGCAGUGGAUAAACUAUUUGGAGAGAGAGAUCCAAGAGUACGAGGUUGGCUGCUACUGGACUCCUGCACACCCACUCUGGUCCUCACCUUCAUCUACCUCCUGAUAGUCUACUUGGGACCAAAGUACAUGAAAAACAAGACAGCUUACUCUCUGAAGAAUGUAUUGCUAUUGUACAACUUCGGUGUCACUAUGCUGUCCUUCUACAUGCUAGUGGAGCUUAUCUCAGCAACCUGGUCAGCAGACUACAAACUGAAAUGUCAAGGGCUGUUUGAUGCAGGGGAGGGUGACAUCAGGGUAGCGAAAGUGUUGUGGUGGUACUACUUUUCUAAGCUGAUUGAGUUUCUUGACACCAUCUUCUUUAUACUAAGAAAGAAGAACAAUCAGAUCACCUUCUUGCAUGUGUAUCACCACGCCUCCAUGUUUAACAUCUGGUGGUGUGUUCUCAACUGGAUCCCUUGUGGACAGAGUUUCUUUGGACCCACACUGAACAGCUUCAUCCAUGUGCUGAUGUAUUCAUACUACAGCUUGUCCACCAUUCCCUCCAUGCACAACUACUUGUGGUGGAAACGCUAUCUCACACAGGCGCAGCUGAAAGCUUCUUGCGGAGAUAGAGACAGCUGAAAGCGCACCCUGUUUAUUUUCUUUAUUUUACAAAAGCACAAGGUUUUGUUGUUGUUGUGAGUGGACACAAAUAAAAGUAGACACAUUAUAGUUUCUAAUGAUGUGUAACACUUAUCUGUAUGGCCAAAAAUGAUGGAGUAUUUUAAGUUUUUUCCGCUGUCAUGAGGAAAACAUCCAGCAGUAUGCACCGCAGCAUUCGUCAGGAGCUAAGGGUUAAGGUCUUCUACCUCACAGGCCAAAGACUCAGAACGUGGUGUUUCUGUUAAUGUUCUUUCCUUGUGAGGUAGAAACUCAGAAUGAUUAGGGAGCAACCUUUGUUCCCUUCUGAUAAGGGGGAGAUUGUAAUCUGGUGCCUUUCCAGCAACGUGAUUGGCUAUUGAUGUCAGAAGUGGCCACAGUAUAGUCCACUUUGAGUGUUGCAUAGUGUAAAGUACACAGUUGGAGAAGUGUCUUUAAAGUGCCUAUGCAUUAUUUCUUUCAAUACCUCUUUCAAAUAUGGUAGGCAUUGUGCCGAACACACAGAGUCCAAAACAUGAUAAGAAGUGGUUGAACUAUCACCCAUGUUUUAAUUUGUGUUAAUUGUUCAGCUCAUAUAAACUGUCAACAAUCAUUAUCCAUUAACAUAAACUGUUCUUUACAUGAAUGUGAAGUGGAUGUGUCACACUAUAUCUCAAAUUUAAGGAUUCAAAACAUAUGUAUGAAUGGAUUUGGAUGAGUCUUUGUUGCCUUUCUUUGUUUCAGCCACUGCUGCUGCAUCUGCUGCAUAUUUCUUUUCUAAAUCUCUUUCAAAAUAUUAUAGGUAUUGCGCUGGACACAGAGUCCAAAACAUGAACACAAGAAAUGGUUGAACUAUCACCCAUGCAUUCAUUUAUGCAUUAAUAAGUCAGCUCAUAUAAACUGUUGUGUCAACAAUCAUUAUCCAUUAACAUAAACUGAUCUUUACAUGAAUGUGAAGUGGAUGUGUCACACUUUGUCAAAUUUAAGGAUUCAAAACAUAUGUAUGAAUGGAUUGCAUUGGUCUUUGUGGCCUUUCUUUGUUUCAGCCACUGCUGCUGCAUCCAGAUGUCCUAAGGAAUUUUUAUGGCAGUGCUGGCCUAAAUCUUAAGAAUGAGUUUAGUGGUUAGGGUCAAUUUGUGGACCAAUGAGAAGUCCUUCUUCAUGUGGAUGUGGGUGAUGGGGGGUCUCCUUCCCUGCCCUGUAAGAGGUGUCUGGCAGUUGUUUUAGCAGCUUAUCUGAUGAUGCCAGGCAUUUGUUUACAUUCAUUCACUAAGAUCCAAUCACAAUGUGGCAAACCUUUCUCCAGAACCAACUCUAAAGAGUUUGAUCUCCACAAAUCCACAGACAGACUGUGUACAAAUUGAGGAAAUUCAAGACCAUUGUUACCCUCAUCAGGAGUGGUAGACCAACAAAAAUCACUCCAAGAGCAGGAUGUGUAAUAGUCCACGAGGUCACAAAGGAACCUAGGGUAAUGUUUAAGCAACUAAAGGCCUCUCUCACAUUGGCUAAUGUUAAUGUUCAUGAGUCCACCAUCAGGAGAACACUGAACAACAAUGGUGUGAAUGGCAGGGUUGCAAGGAAUAAAAUCAUUGCUCAGAACAUUGCCACCCUUCUGCAGUUUGCUAAAGAUUACAUGUACAAUCCAGAAGGCUAGUAGGAAAAUGUUUUGUGGAUGGAUGAGACCAAAGUGGAACUUUUUGGUUUAAAUGAGAAGUGUUAUGUUUGGAGAAAGGAAAACACUGAAUUCCAGCAUAAGAACCUUAUCACAUCUUUGAAACAUGGUAGUGGUAGUAUCAUGGUUUGGGCCUGUUUUGUGGCAUCUGGGCCUGGAUGGAACAAUGAAUUCUGAAUUAUACCAGCAAAUUCUAAAUGAAAAUGUCAAGAGAAAUGACCCUAAGCACACAAGUUAUUCUACUAAAGAAUGGUUAAAGAAGAAUAAAGUUAAUGUUUUGGAAUGGCCAAGUCAAAGUCCUGACAUUAAUUCAAUAGCAAUGUUGUGGAAGGACCUGAAGCAAGCAGUUCAUGUGAGGAAAUGCACAAAUAUCCCAGAGUUUAAGCUGUUCUGUACUGAGUAAUGGGCUAAAAUUCCUCCAAGCGGAUGUGCAGGACUGAUCAAUAGUUAAUAGAAACAUUUAACACCAGUUAUUGCUGCACUAGGGGGUCACACCUGAUACAGAAAGCAAAGGUUCACAUACUUUUGCCACUCACAGAUAUGUAAUAUUGGAUUAUUUUCCUCAAUAAAAAAUGACCAAGUAUAAUAUUUUUGUCUUGUUUGUUUAAUUGAGUUCUCUUUAUCUACUUUUAGGAUGUGUGAAACUCUGAUUGUUUUAGAUCAUAUUUCAAUCAAUCAAGCAAUCAACAUUUAUUUCUAUAGCACAUUUAAAAACAACACAAGUUGACCAAAGUGCUUUACACUCCCAAAAUUAGAAAACACCAAUACACACAUACAAUAAAACACACAAAACUCCACUAUUCAAUCUCCAUGCAUCUAAGGACAAUUAUAUGCAACAGAGUAGAGAUGCAUCUUCAACAUAGAUUUAAAACUUUCAAUUAAGUCACAGGAUCUAAUAUGCAGGGGGAGGCUAUUCCAGAGGCAUGGCGCUGCCACCAAGAAGGCACAA